CUCCGUUUCACUUGCUGAAAGAAAUCAGUAACGGCAAGGGCGAGAUCGGCGGUAGAGGGCUUGUCGGGGGUGAUCGCACUCAAAGUUUUUUUUCGAGAGGACGUUCCCAUCCACGCACAUGAUCGGCGCCUGUCAAACCUUCACUCUGCUCAUCACACAACAGCAAAAUAUCAGACAAAGCCGUUCUUGUUGUGCGAAUAAGCUGCUGAUAGCCAUCUUCCGGCAACAGAGUAGCGCGGAAGGGCAUGGUAGCGACAUUCUCAACUUUGUUCAAGUUGAGGGUGCUGUACGCUGGUUGAACGGUAGCUACAUGAGCAUUACGAGCAGCUGCAUCAGUCGCAUCGAUCGAUGCUUCACGAGUGUGUGCUGUGUUAGAAGAAAGUGGCAAGGCACGAUCAUCGGAGACAGCGGGGGGUGCGGCGGCAGCUACCGAAGCAGCUGUGGGGGCAUGGUCUGAAGACAACAUGCUUACGCAAUACACCCGGCACUGGUGGAUCAAAUGCCGAAGGGGGGGUGAGGUUCGAAAACCCAGGGUUCUGCAUCAUUCGUGGAUCUACAGCAUGGCGAGCGGUAGAAAGGCUACCGGGUGCAGAGGUUUCCAAAGAAACAGGGGGGCGGCCGAAACCGGAGGUGAGUUCGAAAACUCAACGCGACGUUCAUGUCCGGAGUCUACAGCAUUGAAUGCUGCAGAACGGACAGAAGGUGCUAAUGAUUCCGAAGAAACAGGGAAACCUAGAGGCGGGUGAAGGUCCGAAAACG